AUCAGCUGAUGGGAACUGAGUCAUCACUUCCCGGACAACAUGGUUCAUUAACUGAAGCACAUCGAGCAAGAAGAACACACCGAAGUGGGUUUUAUUCAGUCUGUUUCUGCUGAGAGGUUCCGAGAGAGACCUGCUGGACCCGAACCCAGCCUCCAGCUAUGGACUCAGAAUCAUUCUGAUGUGGACUUUAGUUCUGGAGUCGGUGACCCGGAGGUCAGCGUGGAUCUAAUGACGGUUGUUAUCUGUGACAGACUGACUGCUGUGUGAAUCCAUGGCAGCUGUUUGAAUCCACCUGGAUCAGGAGGUGAAGAUAACCCAGACUGAAGAUGUCCGUCGGGGGCAGAGCGUCCUCGUCCGUCCUCAUGUCUCCUGGGAGGGAGACGGCAGAGCUGCAGGUCAACCCGGCCGACGUUCCCGCCCUGGAGAUCAAACUGGGAGCUCUGGUGGUCCUGCUGUCCAUCACGCUGUUGUUUGGUCUCGCCCCGCUCUGCAUCGUCCGGGGAGCGGGGUCAUGCUGUGCUGACCCAGAGUUGCGGCGCCGGGUUCUGAGUCUAAUCAGCUGUUUUUCUGGAGGAGUGUUCUUGGCCACCUGUCUGCUGGGCCUGCUGCCGGACUACCUGCAGGGCAUCAACGAGGCCUUCAGCAACGCGGGAGUCACACUCCAGUUCCCUCUGCCUGAGUUCAUCAUGGCCAUGGGCUUCUUCCUGGUCCUGGUCCUGGAGCAGAUCGUCCUGGCCUUCAAAGACCAGUCCUCCCCUCACGUGGAGGAGCGCCGGGCUCUGCUGGUGGACUCCAGCGUCCAGGCCAACGACAAGAGCGGGCGGCAUCGCUCCCAUCGCCGGCGUGAGUCGGAGGAGUCCACCGGCAGCCACUUCCACGUGGACUUCGGCUCGCAGUCCGCCCUGCGCGCCUUCAUCCUGGUCUUCUCGCUGUCGCUGCACUCGGUGUUUGAGGGUCUGGCGGUGGGGCUCCUGGAGGAGGGGAAGGAGGUUCUGGAGAUCUGCCUGGCGCUGAUGAUCCACAAGAGCAUCAUUUCCUUCAGCCUGGCCUUCAAGCUGACCCAGGGCCGGCUGCGGCGGUCGGUGGUGGUCGGCUGCCUGCUGCUCUUCGCCGUCAUGUCCCCGCUGGGCAUCGGCUUGGGGAUGGGCCUCACGGAGACCAAGGCGUCUCCUCAGCACCAGCUGGCCCGCAGCACGCUGGAGGGGCUCGCCACGGGAACCUUCCUCUACAUCACCUUCAUGGAGAUCCUGCCGCACGAGCUCAGCUCCUCCAGGAACCGCAUCCCCAAGGUGGCCAUGCUGCUGGUCGGCUUCGCCGUCGUCACUGCUGUGCUCUUCAUCAAACUGUAACCAUGGAAACAGACAACCGGGAAGAAAGUCUGUCAUGAAACCAAAAGUUCACAUGUUCGAUAGCCAGCGAGUAUCAGAGGUCACACAUCAAGGAUCCACGUAACCAGAGUGUCACUCUGUCUGUCUUCUCCUCCACACUUCUUCUUCUUCUUCUUCUUCUUCUUCUUCUUCUGCUUCUUGUUCUGCUUCUUCUUCUUCUUCUUCUUCUGCUUCUUCUUCUUCUUCUUCUUCUUCUUC